ACAAUCGACUUAAUAAAGAAUAGACAUUAAUAACUGAAACAAUAAUCAAUGAAUGACGUGGUGUCAUGUUCUAAUAUUAUAAUAUUUUAAUUGAAAAUCAAAAAUAGAAUUCAUGUUAUUUAAACUUUUAUUUUUAUAUUGAAGAGUAGUAGCAUUAUACCGUUCAUCCGUCUGUUCGACCGCCAUCUUGAAAUCGUAAUUGUUGUCAUGUUUACGUUGUGUGUGAAAGAAUAAGUUUAAUGUAACUUGGUGAGGAAGUGUGAAUUGCCAACAUGUUCUAUGCACACUUCGUGCUUGCCAAGAAGGGCCCGCUGGCCAAGAUUUGGCUGGCGGCCCAUUGGGAUAAGAAGUUGACAAAGGCUCAUGUGUUCGAGACGAAUAUCGAGAAGUCAGUAGAUGGCAUCCUAAAACCAAAAGUGAAGAUGGCCUUACGAACAUCUGGCCACCUGCUGCUUGGUGUCGUGAGGAUCUAUUCAAGGAAAGCUAAAUAUCUACUUCAAGAUUGUAAUGAAGCUUUUGUCAAGAUUAAAAUGGCCUUCAGGCCAGGCAUGGUAGAUCUGCCUGAGGAACACAGAGAGGCGGCCAUGAAUGCCAUCACCCUGCCUGAAGUGUUCCAUGACUUUGACACCGCCAUGCCAGAGUUGAAUGAGGUGGACAUUGAAGCUCAGUUUUCCCUUAACCAAUCAAGAGCUGAGGAGAUUACAAUGCGAGAGGACUAUGGCUCUUUGAACCUGGUCACCCAUGAUGAUGGGUUUGGUGAUAUGGGCUUUGAUACAGACCAACCAGAUAUCAUGAGAGAGGCUAUUGGUACUGGGGCAGGAUUGGAACAGAGUAAUCUUAUUUUUGCGGAUGGUUCGUCCUUGGAAUUGGCGUCAAAAGACGCUGGAGUGCCGAGCACGAGUGCAGCGGGAGUGCCAACGUUGACGACUCCCUCCCACGAGCGGCGGAUGGAGGCGGCGCCCCACGGACCAAUCGAUGAUGGCUUCGGAGGCACCAUCGGCGACGUGGGUGACUUCGGACACGGUGACGCUGGCGGGUUGUUCGAGGGCGAUCUGUUCGGUGAUGUGACGGCGGGCGGCGCCGCAGCCACUUCCGCCGCCGGCAUGCCCGGUGCAGAUGCGCAGCCGCAGUCACUGCAGGCGGAGAUUGAAGCGGCGGGUGUGUCGGGAGCGGAUGGCGCAGGCGUAGGCGAGCCGGGCGGCGACGGCGCGGGCAGCGACGACGACAUGGGCGACCACUACGACGCUGGCACCUCGCCGCCACACAGCUGGGGAGGUUCCCCUCCACACGAAGAGGCGCAGGCUAUGGAAGAAGCGCCUGACCUCAUGCCACCACCUGCAGUGCCUAGGCCACCAUCUGUUCGGCCCAUGGAGGUGGAGGAGCUGGGGCGCGGCGCGGCGGAGAGCGCGCGCGCGGCCACGCCGGCGCUGUCGCCGCCGCACGCGCCGCCCGCCGCGCGCACGCCGCCGCACCCGCCCGACCACACCACGCUGCUGCAGAACGACGAGGAGUCCUUCGCGCUCGCGCCCGUCGACGCCACCGUGCUAAAGGGUAUAACAAAAGCGAAGCGCAAACGCAAGCUUAUAGUAGACGAAGUGAAGAACAUAUCAGGCGAGGAGAUGAAGAACCAGUUGAGCAACACCUCGGAUAUUGUGACGACACUGGACCUGGCACCGCCUACUCGACGGCUCAUGCAUUGGAAGGAGACAGGCGGAGUGGAGAAACUGUUCACGCUGCCGGCCAGGCCAAUACCUUCCAGAGUGUUGUUCAAGAAAUAUCAGCGCAACAUGACGCUAAGAAGUGAGGCAGAAGAAGGGGAAGCGAGGUCGCCGGAACCCGAGCCCAGUGUCGCACGACGCGGCGGCAGGAAGCGAAGACACGAAGAGACUCUUCAGCCUCCGGAGACGCCAGCAGCAACGCCGGCAGCGGCUCCCAUUCCUGAAUUGGAACCUCCCACACCAGUGCCUCAAGAGUAUGAACCUUCUGUCGAGUCGGAGCGAGUGGCUGACGUCGCGUACCCGCAGACGCCGCGCUCCGACGUCGACGUCGAACCGCCUCAGACGCCCGGCACGAUGUUAAGUUCACUAGGGCCGCCUUUGACGCCAGGUGUACUCGGCCCGCUAACGCCUGGCACGUUACUACAAGGAGGACUCACGCCUGGCGGGUUACAACACGGUGCUAUGACACCAGGUGGUCUUCCACACGGCGGUAUGACACCAGCGGGACUCCAGCACGGCGACACCCACGGGGUGGAUCUGGGAUUGUCUUCGAGUGGUAUGACACCUGCGGGACUUCAACAUGGUGGUAUGACACCAGGCUUAGGAUUAGACAGUGGAAUGACACCCGGCGGCCUUGUGCACGGAGGACUCACGCCGGCUGGUCUGCAUCAUGGUGGAAUGACACCAGGUGGCCUUGAUCACGGUGGCAUGACUCCCGCGGGACUCGCACACGGUGGAAUGACUCCAGCGGGACUUCAACACGGCGGUAUGACACCAGCUGGUCUGGGCCACGGAGGAUUGACGCCUGCCGGUUUACAACACGGCGGAAUGACGCCGAGUCUUCAACACGGCGGUUUGACGCCGGGUGGUCUCGGCCACGGAGGAAUGACACCAGCUGGUUUACAACAUGGUGGCAUGACCCCAAGUGUGCAGCACGCGGCGUUGCUGCAGCAUAGUAUGGAGCAGAUGCCGAUGAUGCCGCAGCUGGGCAGCGACGUGUCGGCAUUGCUGCCCGGCACCGCGCCGCACAUGCAGCACCAGGAGCCGCAGCUCGAGCCGUUGUUACACGGGCUCGAUGAACAUACCGACUAUCAGAGUGGCAUGCAAAUGACAAAUUUGGGCUACGAAGACCAGCACGGUCAUCCCAGUCCGCAGCACGAUUACGACUUACCGCCUACGCCUGAAAACGCGGAAGAGGGCGAACGCGAGGCAGGUGAAACAGACGAACAGUUCGAGGAGCGUGUGCUGAAUCGUCGUGCAGCGCAGCUUUUCGCAGUCAUGAGACCCAAGUUAGCCGCCGGACUAGAAUUAUCAUUCACAGACUUGGCGCCAAGACACAAUAAUAGAAAACAGGUCGCGCAGAAGUUUUACAGUCUACUUGUCCUCAAGAAACAUCAAGUAUUGAAAUUAGAACAAAGCGAAACAUAUGGACCCAUCAUCAUUGCAAAGGGCAACCAGUUUGAAACAGAAGCAAUUUGAACACUAAACUAAAACAUAAUUUAUAAAAAUAGUUGUAAUAUAAUGGAAUAUCAUAAAUAGAUUGUAAAAGAGUUAUAUAAAAGGCGAAGUGGUAAUGUAAAGUUUAUAGACUUCACGGGGUUGUAUGUUGAGCCAAAUAUAACGUGUAAGUUGGCUUUUGGCUCGAGUUCAUGAAGGGAAUUAUAUUAUAAACAAAUUUUGGACCAAAUAAUGUUACAAAUGUUGAUCUCAAAAAUUCAGAUUGCAUUAUAACAGAACUAGUUACACCUUCAAGGACUCGACUCACGAGUGAUGAGCAGUUUCAAAUGGGAUAUUAUGUUUUAAAAUAGACAAGUGUAGAGAAAUGCCUUAUUUUGUUUUGCUGUAGGCUAAGUAAAAUUAUUGUAAAAAGUUUACAAUCAUUGUUUAUGAUAGAGAAAUAGUACUGCUAUAUUGUUGAACUCAUUUCGAAUCCCGAGUAUGCAAGUGUGUUUUGUAUGAUUCGAGCUCCCUCGGUUUAGGUCGGUAAAGACGCUUUUGCACCAACAAAUUAGGGUACGCGUCUAGUAUUUGCAUUUUGGUAUGGUGUGGCAUAUUUUUAUACAAUUUCUCAGCCUAACUUGAAGAAGCUCGUAAUGUGCCUAUUAACUUUGAAAUUAUGUCGUGCUUAUACAUUUAUUUAAAUUGUGUUUUCUCAAGAAAAUGUAGACACAAAAUUUACUUUAUUUUUAUAUUUACUAUUGUAUUUUAAUAUUUGAUAUUAGCCAUGGACACUAAAUUUUAGUUAGCUGAAGGGUUGACUGAGAAAUUAUGUUAAGGUUAAUUAUAUAUUAUAUUAGUGAUAAAUUCUAAUAACACCAAAAUAAGAAGCAGAUGUUAUUAGCAAACAAUAGGGGUAUGAUUAUUAUGUAUUACUUUGUGCAGUGUGCGUUGAAUUUGGUUUUUACAUUUCUUUGAGAUAUUGUUUUAUAACAAGGUGAAUACAUUCUGAUAGAUAUUGGAUUGCAUUCAUUUUGAUCACACAUUGACAUGGACAAAAUAUUAUAUAAAAGCAGCAUUUUAAAUGCAUGGACCUGUUUAGUAACCUUCUCUUGAAAAUAUUUAAGUGUUUACCUCUGCGGUUUAUUCGACUUUUUUCGGAGGUAUUCGCUUAGAUGCUUUUAAUAUAAAACCUUUGCAAUAAAUUGUUGAAAUAAA